UUCAUAAUUCCAUCUCUGAACGAUUCACAUAAAUUCUCAUUCUCCAAACCCUAGUUUCAGAAUCAUUCCAUUCUCCAAACCCUAGUUUCAAAAUCAUUUUAGGUUAUCAAUGGAAGGAACUGCAACUGCAAAUGUUGUUGCUAAGGGAGGAAGAAAAGGUGGUGAUAGAAAGAAAUCAGUAACAAAAUCUGCUAAAGCUGGAUUACAAUUCCCAGUUGGAAGAAUCACUCGUUUCUUGAAGAAAGGUCGUUAUGCUCAGCGUCUUGGUUCCGGUGCUCCCGUUUACAUGGCUGCUGUUCUUGAAUAUCUCGCUGCUGAGGUAUCAGAAUUGGCUGGAAAUGCUGCAAGAGACAACAAGAAAUCACGAAUCAUACCAAGACAUUUAUGUUUAGCAAUUAGGAAUGAUGAAGAGUUGGGGAAAUUACUUGCUGGUGUUACUAUUGCUAGUGGUGGUGUUCUUCCUAACAUUAACCCUAUUUUGUUACCAAAGAAGAGCGGAAAAGCCGAGGCAGAGAAACCCACUACUCAAAAAUUUCCAGGAAAAUCUGUUGCUUCUAAAUCUCCUAAGAAGUAAAAAUAGGAUCUGGAUCUAGUUACUUAGUUGUAGUGCUCAUAACUUAUCCGGGUUUAAUACUGAAUGUGUAAUUAAUGAAAUGUAGGGUUCAACUUUUGGAUUGUAAUGUGUGGUGAAACACUGUCUUCUUCAAAUAUGUGUAGUCAAACACUGUCUUAUUCAAACUAUGUGAAAGUAAUCAAAUUUGUAGUUUUUAUUUUCAGA